AUGUUGAAGCUUUUCUGUGCGAUUGUUGGUGAAGAGGGAAGCGCUUUCCGUGUGGACAUCGACGCGAGUCAGCUGGUGGGAUACUUGAAGGAUGCGAUUAAGGUGGAGAUUGACUACUCAGGUCCAGCCAAGGACCUAAAGCUCUUCCUGGCGAAAAAAGACGGCGCCUGGCUGAAGUCGAAGGAUCCUGCCGUGAUUGCUAUGCGGAGUGGGGUUAUUCCCGAGAAAGUAAAGGCACUGCUGGACGUGGAAAUGGAUCCAGCAGACGAGAUUGGCGACUUGUUUGGUGAUGCUCCGACGAAGAGGACGAUCCACGUGCUGGUGGGGUCAAACGUCGCCAAGGAUAGCUCUCUGCCCUCGGCGAUAACUCACAGCGAAAAUCGACGGAAGCGCUGGCGCGAACUUAAUGAAAUCCUCGACAAGAACAAAAAGGCUAAGACGAACGGUGUGGAUGGUUCGUUGACUGGGUACUCCUACGUGCGAUGGAGCGAUGUCAAGAGUGUGCUUGACUACGAACGGUAUAAACAGGAGCGCAAGCCGAUUCCCGAUCAUGCUUUCGACUUUUUGAUCAAGUACAUAAAAUACGCUGCGGAAGCUAUGAACGGAUACGCCGAAGCAUCGAGGGAAGCAAAGCAUUUUAUCGCGCCCGUACUCAUCAUGCUUUGCAGUUUGUUUGUCGACGCGAAGCUAGAGGUCGAAGAGUCGGUGGACGGCAACGAAGUUCACGCAAACGGAAAUUUUGAGUUCGUGCUCACCCGUGGUAAGACGAAGAAGAUAUGCAUCGUGGAAGCAAAGAAGAACGACUUCAAUCAAGGGAAAGUGCAGGCGCUCAUCGGAUGCGAAGCGGUUGCCGACCGCGAAGGACUCUUUGUCGUGUAUGGCAUCGUGACAGACUUCAUUAAGUGGUUCAUCUACCGCUGUGGUGAAAAUUCUAUUUUGAUGGAUUCGAGCACGCUUAGUGUUAAAUCGGAGGAACUGGACACCGGAUCGAUGCGAGAUGUGUGCGAGAUGAUUUACGGGGCGUUGUCGGACCACGAAGAGGAAUGCAAGAAAGAACAGCUUUGCAUUGAAUGA